AUGGACGAAUAUCCUGCGUACAGUCUGGACCGCAACGUGCCGCUGCUGGUGACGAUCGGACUGCCGGCAGGCGACGAGGAAGAGGAAGACGAGCGAUGGCUCGUGGGCGAGGAUAUGAGGGAGCAGGCGACGGUGCUGCGGUCGACGAUGCCCAUACUGGAUGGUGAACUGGCGACGAAACUCCGACGGUAUCUGACGGUGCAAGACCCGGCCGUGGCGCCAUGGAGGGGGCGGGCCCAUCCUCCACGAUACCAGUUUCGCGUGCGGACAGCAGGAAGAAAAUACAUGCUGCCACCACGACGGUCGGAGCUGCCAGAAAACUUUGAGCCCGGGCCGGGACAGGUGGUGCUGCACUCGCCGUUUUCGCCGCUGAGCCCAUCAUGUCGGCUGUACGCAGACGGAAUCAUGAACGUGGCGUGGAUACAAAAGCACCAAGCACUGGUUCCGAGUGCGUUUCUGCUCUGCUAUACACUGUCGUCAGCCGAGGCAGGGACGACCGUGCAGCACCAGCACGACGGACAGAUCCAGGCGGACAUCACGGCGUUCAAGGCAGCGGUGACGCAGUCGGGAUACCGCAGCCGGGUGGCAGUAGUGGUGCUUGCAGACGAGCAGAGCACAGGGCCAGGGUUUGGCUCAGCAGGUGCAGCAGCAGACGGAGCAGCGCUAGUGCAGGAGCGCCUAGAACACAUCCGAAGAGGCAGCGGCGUGGACGCGAAGCUGUUCUUUGCGCUGUCGGCCGAGGCAUCGGGCGAAGAGCUAGGACGGGUGGCAGAGAACAUGCUGACGACGAUGGGACUGCAGGCACUGGAGUACUACCGGGAGCUGAGCCGACACGUGCGCAAGAAGCGAGGCCGCGGGUCGGCACCACAGCCAUCAGUGCCGCCGACAAACGGAACAUCGCAGACGCUGUCGCUGCCAGGAUGGCAUAUCCGGUACGACUUUAAAGCGGCCGUGCUUGCCGAGUUCCGACAGGAGCUGGACGGAGCAGUGCGGGCGCUAGAUGCAGCAUACGCGACGCUUUUGGGACCGGACGUGCUCGACGCGAUUCCGAGUUGGAGCCGGCGCUGGAACGAGGCACGAUGGCUGGCCGACACGAUAGCGGUACGCAGCCUGCGCUGUUUGCUGGUAAUGGGCCAGCACAGCACGGCAGUCAGUCGGUGGGGGGUGCACCGUGACCGGAUGUGUGAUCUGGUAGAGACUCGGGGCCGUGGAACGGCCAACUACGGGUUCGCAGCCUGGGAGGCGCGAUGGGCAUUGGUGAUGGCCGGGCUGGUGGAGAGCACGGUGCCGAUGCUGUCGGUAAUGGGGUCGCCGGGCAGCGGGCUGCCAUUGGUGCGGCUGCCACCGGAGAAGGGCAUGGGAGCAACGGCCGUCGAGCGGCUGCCACCGUGGCAACGGCUGCACCACAGUGGAUAUUGGCACCGGAUAGCGGCCGGACACCUGUACCGACGGCGGGCGCUGGCGCGGGCGAUCCCCAAGGACGAUAGGAGACCUCCCGGGAUGUCGCCGGCGUCCAAGGUGGCACGACUGGCGUUUGCGUACGACGACUACAUGUGUCCGCCGCCGCACGACGAGUUUGCAGCGACGGAUCACGGAGCGAUGGUGGUCACGUGUCUGGAGGCGUCACGUGCCGCGUUUGUGCAGCACAAGCAGAUGCGCAUGGCGGCUGAGGUGGCGCUAGAGUGUGGCCGCGAGCUGGUGACAGCCGGCAGAUGGGCAGAAGCGGUGGCACUGCUAGGGCCUCUGUGGACGGCGGCACAGUACCGCAACGAGGGCUGGCUCGGGGCCGGCGAGGAGCUGGCAUGGCUGCUGCGGGUGGCGGCAGCGGCGCUGGGCCGCGCAGACCUGCUGGUGUCGAUCCACUGGGAGCUGCUGGACCGGAGCUACGGACAGCGGCCACAGAGUCAACGGCAGGACGGCCAGGACGGCCAGGACGAACCGUACGACGUGGCGCGGACAAUGGACGACGUGGAGCUGGUCCAAAAGGUCCAGACGGUGGCUGCAGUUCGCUUGGGCCAGCCAUCACCGUCUUUUUUGUCGGCCACGUUUGCUUUUCAGACGGGUGAAGGCAAGGCUGGCCACACGAUGACGGCACAGCUAGCACUGCACUCGAACGCGCAGCCAGGAUCGGUGGCUGUAGUGCUGGACGCAGUGCGGGUGCGGUUUGAAGGGGCGGGUGGCGACGGCACGACGAUCAAGCCGUUGCUGCUGCGACACGACGGCAAAGCGAGGCCCCCAGCAGGUUCGGGGACGGUCUUUUUGACAGUUGUUCCGUUGGAAGAGGAAGCGGUGGAGGGUGGCGGUGAGGACGAGGAGAGCGACGACAGCGAAGACGACGAAGACAAGAUGCAGCUCUGCGGCUUGGCCGACCUGACUCUCCGGCCACAGUCGACGGUGGUCUUUCAGGUGGCCAUUCCACUGCGCGAAGCCGGCGAUGCAAGAGCCGUGUCGGCUGAACUGCACUAUAGCUGCGCGCGUUACUCUCUGCGACAGGCCGUGCCGUUCUCGACUGGGCUGGCCGGUCGACUCAAGGCUGCCUGGCUGCUGUCACCGGAAGCGAGCGUCUUGGUGCCGCGGCCCGACUGUCAGGCCGUCCAUGUGCUGCCGCGACCACCGAAGCUGGCCAUCGAAUUGGUGCAGGCAGGUGGCCGAGCCGUGUCGCAGGUGGCUCUGGCACAGGUGACGCCGUCAACAGCAGCAGCAACAGCAGCAUCAACAGUAACAGCAACGACAACAACAGCUACAACUGCCUCUGCUGUGGUGCCAUUUUACACCAACGAGCCAGUCGAGGUAGUGUUUGAUCUGGUCAACGGCGAGGAGACGGGUGCGGACGUGCACCUGGACGCAGUGCUGUACGGCGGCUCGGCGCUGGCAGGGUUCACGCUGCGUGUCGAUGGCGACGAGAUCGACACGGCGCUACCGCAUGGGGGCAACGGCAAUGGCGACGGUGAGGCGGCGCUGCGCUCGGUGCCGCUGGGAGUGGUGGCAGCAGGCCGGCGAGUGCACGUGAGUGUGCACGUGACGCCGAUAGUGUUGGCGGCAUCGGUAGACGUUGCCCUGCGCGCCGUGUACCACCUGGUCGAUGACCCGGCCACGCCCAUCACGCAGGCGCUUUCGGUGCGGCUGGCCGUGACGAACCCGUUUGAGGCCAACUACGAUCUGGUGCCGCGUCGCCACCCGGCCGCGUGGCCGAGUCUGUUCGACCACGAGGGCAUUGUUGGCGGCGACGACGAGACGAGCGAAAAGGACGAACGGGACGGAGAAGACGAAAAGGCGCAGCUUCUGCCGCCACACGGGCUCGCGCAAGCCUGGACGCUGGUGACGCGCUACGCCUCGUUUGCGACGGACGAGCUGCGCAUCGUGGGCCUCGACAUGACGGUGCAACCGGUGGCCGGAGUGACGUGUCGGAGCACGCGACGAGAACAGCUCAGGACGGAUGCCAGCAGCGAUAGCACGCAGACAUGUAUGCACGUGAUGCAGCCGCAGGAGGCAGCCGAGGCGCAGUUCGACCUGGAUGUGCGGCGAGCCAGCCUGGAGCAGCGCGACCCGGUCAGCUUGGACGUGUCGCUGGCGAUCCGUUGGCAGCGGGUAGGUGGUGAAGACGAUACGGCUGUGUCGCCCGUCAAUGUCACCACGCUGCCGGUGCCACGUCUGGGCAUCUUCGGCACGGAGCCGCGAGUCCUGGCUUCGGUGUCGUAUGGGAGCAGCAGCAACAACAGCGAAAACAACAAGAAAAACAGCCUCGCCAGCCUGAUCACGCUGACCAUCACAAUCGAGAACGCGUCGGGCCACUUUCUGACGUUUGGCCUGACGAUGGAGCCGUCGGACGAGUUUGCGUUUGCCGGAGCCAAGCUGACGACAGUCCACGUGCUGCCCGUGUCGCGGCGCACGGCAACAUACCGACUGCUGCCACUGGUGCACGGCGCGUGGAUCCGGCCGACGCUGGUGGUGCGCGACAAGUACUUCCAGAAGGUGUUGCGGAUCCUGCCGACGGAGGGUCUCAAGGCCGAUAAGGAGGGCAUCCUGGUGUGGGUGCCGGGGGAGGAGUGA